AUAUCUUCCAUUGAAUACCCCAAACCCUUUUGACCUAAUCUGUGACAAUUAGUCGAUUCUCAGCUGGACCCAACCUAAGAACUUUUUGUAUCAAAUUACAUUGUUCACUCACAAUUGUUUCAUUUAAACAAAAGCUCUUUAGAUAGAAAAUGCUCUUUAGAUAGAAAAUGGUGUUAGGUCAUGACCUUCUUCUUCUUCUUCCUCUACUAAUUAGCUUCUCCAACAUUGUUACCUCCCAAUCAAUCAUCAAGAAUCUGCCUGGCUUUGACGGAGAUCUUCCAUUCAAUCUUGAAACCGGAUAUGUAGGCGUAGGGUACAAUGAAGAAGUGCAGCUAUUCUAUUACUUUGUGGAGUCGGAAAGGAAUCCAAAAGAUGAUCCUCUUGUGCUUUGGUUUACAGCAGGACCUGCUGGGUGCUCUUCGCUAUCUGCUAUUCUAUAUCAACAUGGUCCACUACAUUUCAACUAUGCCAACCCCACUUCCAGCAAACCGACCCUUGUGCUGAAUCCCCAUUCAUGGACAAAGGUUGCAAAUAUAAUAUAUUUAGAUGCACCAGUUGGUACUGGAUUUUCAUAUGCAACAACUUGGCGAGGAUACAAUAUAGGUGAUUUAUCAUCAGCAGCUCAAACCUAUGAUUUUCUAAGAAAGUGGCUUAUGGCACACCCUAAAUUUCUGUCAAAUCCAAUGUACGUUGGUAGUGAUUCUUAUGGUGGCCUAGUUGUUCCAAUCAUUGUUCAAGAAAUAACUACUGGAAAUGAUAAAGGAAAUAAGCCAAAAAUCAACCUCAAAGGAUAUAUAUUAGGAAAUCCAGUUACUGAUUAUAAGAAUGAUUUGAGUUCAAGAAUCCCGUAUGCUCACCAAAAGGCACUCAUAUCUAGCCAACUUUACGAGUCAAUUAAGGAAAGUUGCAAAGGGGAGUAUCUUAAUCCAGAUAGAAGUAACAAAAUAUGCAUUAGCAAUCUUCAAGCUGUGAACAAGACAUUCGAGGAAUUGUACUUGUACAAUAUAUUGGAACCCAAAUGUAGAUCGUGGGAUCUCAGUCCUUUGUUGGGAGGAACCGAUCUGCUUACUCUCAUGAAAAAGAUUGAUGUAUUUGCUGCAACUCAACUUUCCAGAGAAUGGUGUCGUGAUUAUAUGCUACUAUAUUCCCAUAUUUGGGCAAAUGAUAAGAGUGUUCAAAGUGCACUUCAUGUUAGAGAGGGAACAAUAACGGAAUGGCCCAGAUGCAAUCUUAGUUUAAGAUAUGAUUUUGAUGUCCUAAGUGUUGUGCAGUAUCAUCGAAAUUUCACUAAGACUAGUGCCUACCGUGUUUUGAUUUUCAGUGGUGAUCAUGACUUAGCUCUUCCAUAUUUGGCUACCUAUGCUUGGAUACAAACUCUGAACUUGACAGUAACAAAAAAUUGGCAGCCAUGGUUAGUCGAUCAUCAAGUUGCUGGUCAUGUAAUUGCGUAUUCAAAGAGAAAAUAUAAUUUGACAUUUGCAAUUGUUCAGGGAGGAAGUCACUCAGCUUCAGAGAUAAGGCCAAAGGAGUGUUUUGCCAUGAUUGAUAGGUGGUUGGCUUAUAAGUCACUGUAGUAAUCUAAGGUUUUAUUAUAUAUUCUAUUUUAAGGACAACAAAAGCAUGUAUCAAUAUAAAAGUAGUAAUUAUAGGUUAUGAAACUGAAAUCAACAUAAUCUAAUCUUUGUUUUAUUUUGGUCAAGACCUAAUUCAAUGGACUCAAUGGAUUUUCCGACAUUUAA